ACCACACCCAGCUUACUACGAUGGUGGCCGUGGCCGUUGCGGGAAGUGUCAAAUUGUAGGUGUGUGUUUUUCGCGAUAUUGUAGGACGCGGCGUGAAUGAAUAUCGUGGCCCCAUCAAGUAGUCCACGACCAUGCAGUGUUGUCAGUCAGAUGAGGCUCGGGAACAGAAGAGAAUUAACGCCGAAAUUGAGAAACAACUCCGUCGAGACAAGCGAGAUGCCAGACGAGAACUUAAAUUAUUACUUCUCGGGACUGGUGAGUCUGGCAAGUCCACUUUCAUCAAGCAAAUGCGAAUUAUCCAUGGUGCAGGUUACUCAGAUGAAGAUAAAAGAGGUUUUAUCAAACUUGUCUACCAAAACAUAUUUAUGGCCAUGCAAAGUAUGAUUAAAGCUAUGGACCUUCUUAAAAUACAAUAUGGUGAUUCCUCCAAUCAGGAAAAAGCAGAACUGAUUAAAGGCAUUGACUAUGAAACUGUGACUACUUUUGAGAGUCCAUAUGUCGAGGCUAUUAAGGAUCUCUGGGCUGAUGCAGGUAUUCAAGAAUGCUAUGAUCGGCGCAGGGAGUACCAACUUACAGAUUCUGCCAAAUACUAUCUGGAAGAGAUAGAUAGAGUAGCGGCGCGGUCCUACUUGCCUACAGAGCAGGACAUCUUACGUGUGAGGGUGCCCACUACAGGCAUCAUCGAAUAUCCUUUUGAUCUCGACGAGAUCAGGUUUAGUUACCUUAGUGACCUGGAGCGCAUUAAAGAUCCCGAUUACUUGCCAACCGAGCAGGACAUCCUGAGGGCGAGAGCGCCCACGACGGGAAUCAUCGAGUACCCAUUCGAUCUCGACUCCAUUAUUUUUAGGAUGGUAGAUGUAGGGGGACAGAGAUCUGAAAGAAGAAAAUGGAUCCAUUGUUUCGAAAACGUUACUUCCAUCAUCUUCCUAGUAGCUUUAAGUGAAUAUGACCAGAUUUUAUUUGAAUCUGAAAAUGAGAAUCGUAUGGAAGAAUCGAAGGCACUCUUCAAAACAAUUAUUACCUACCCGUGGUUUCAGCAUUCGUCUGUAAUAUUAUUCUUAAAUAAAAAAGAUUUAUUAGAAGAAAAAAUUAUGUAUUCGCAUCUCGUUGAUUACUUUCCUGAAUAUGAAGGUGCAAAACAAGAUCAUAUCGGUGCCAGAGAAUACAUUUUGAAGCUUUAUCUUCGUGAAAAUCCUGAUCCAGAACGUUCCUGUUAUUCUCACUUUACUACAGCUACAGAUACUGAAAAUAUAAAACUAGUAUUUUGUGCUGUCAAAGAUACUAUUAUGCAGACAGCACUUAAAGAAUUUAAUUUGGCUUAAGAUACGGAAAAUAUAAAAUUCGUGUUUGCGGCAGUGAAAGACACAAUAUUGCAGUCGAAUCUUCGUGAGUACAACCUAGUCUAGUACUACUUACCCUGGUCUAGUUUGUGUCGCUAAAGGUGCCCCCGGCCUAUCUCUAGGCAGGGUUGGAAAAAUGUUUUCCUUUGUUUUAAGCGUGUUUGCAUUACUUUUUAGCAGUAUGUUUUUCAAUUGUGUUUUAUGAUAACACGGUAGUACAAACAUACAUUUUGUAAAGAACAUGUAUUAAAACAGAUUGAAAACAAGAAAAAACCUGUCUCCAACCAAAUGCAGCCGCAGCCGGGACCAAAAAAUGUGAAAAUGUGAUCUGUCCGUCACCGUUUAGUCCACGGGUCUUUUUAGAGAAAAAGCUGAAUAAACUCACAUAAAAACGUGAAAAAAUUUAUGUGUCCAACUGUGUGUAACACUUAGCAUAGUGUGCCAUUGGUGAAGAUCGAUGGAUUUUUUUAAAACAGUGCGACAAGCAAAAAACGUGACUAUUCAUUUUACUGGGUGUGACGUUAGUUUUCACUUUUACAUUAAUUUAGCAUAAGAAAGAUUCCUUAUUUCUUAUACAAAGUAUACAGACAAAAAAUAUAUUAAAAACUGGUUAUUACUGAAGAAAAGCAGUGGUCUUUUAAAUAUUCUCGUUAAUAUCAUUUAAUUUUCAAGCUGAAAACACGUUUGACAGAAAAUUCAUAGUUUCCAACUUAGUGAUGGAAACAAUAUCCGUAAAAUGUUAAUUUUAAAUUUUUCAUGAUCUAUUACAUUUAAAAUGAAUUAAAUAGGUUUUUAUUGACACAUAAGUUACUUUACCAAAACAUGUCUUUUAAAAUUUGUACAGUUUGUUUUCUAUUUAAAAAUAAUCUUGUGAUGCAGUUAGAAUAAUUUAUCAGAAACAUUAGAAAUCUUUGGAUAUUUUGAUAGAAACUAUUAUAACGUGUUUUGUUUCCUUAGAUUCUAUUGGUAUUGUAAUAUGUUCAUUACAUCUAAAUAUAACGUAGACAAUAAUUAUUGGCUUGCUUGUUUUACUACUAAGACUUAAUUUUUGUAAUAUUAAUGUAAAAAAUUAAUUCAACAUUAAAAUUAAGUAUAUCUAUUGUUUUUUACAUCAAUAUUAACUUUGGUUGCAGAAAAGUCUACUGAUUUCGAUAAACCUGUUAAUAACAUAUCAAUAUUUUAUAUUUUGAAACUGCUGAUUUGAAUAAAAAUAGAAGGCUAUCGAUCAAAUUAUAAAAAAUAUACUCUUUUUUGCAACAAAAGCUAAAGCUAUUUAUUUGUUGUGAUAUUGAAUAAAGUUUUCUACACCAGUCAAUAUAUAUAAUUAGAAAUUCAAGAGUAAUUACUAAAAUCCACACCAAAUCAUUAAAAUUGAAUUUCAUAUGAUUUGUAUGCAUUUUUGUUUGUAAUGCUUAUGAAACAGGUAUGCAUGUUCUGUUUCUUGCAUUUUUUUAUAAGAAUUGCUGAUCUUUCUUAUAUCUGAGAGCUGAACUUUUGUAAAACUGUUAUCUAAAGCCACGCCCAACUGGUAUUGUUAUAUAUAAUAUAUUAAAUUAAUGUAGAAAAUAGGAAGUAAGGAAACUAAAUUUUUUUGGUCCGGUACUUUUUUAAAAAAAUGUUUUUAAAAAGGCCAAAAUGGAGAGAUGCUUUUAUUUUGGCUCUCAAACUAGUCUGAAGCAUAGUGAUCGUAGUAGAUUUUCAUGGAGAAGAGGCUCUUGUACACUUUUUUAUUAAUUUAUUCCUAAAUCUCAUGUUUUCCAAUAUUUUUUUCGUCAAAACCUACUACAUCGCUAAUCUCAAAGAAUUUUUGACAUUUAUAUUGUAUCUUUAACGUUAAUCACCAUGUGUUAUGAGAGAUUUUGUUGAAACAUUGAUUGGCUACGAGGAAAAUUUCACAUGACCAAAAGUUACCAAGAAGAAACUUGAGUGUUGAGAGAAAUAUGUCCUGUAGACCUACAAUGGGCCAAUGCCUUUAUAUGCAAUAUGUUUUGUUGUAUUUGAUACUAAAAGUUGUGCAUUUUACCUUUAAUAUAGUAAGCCAGCUGGUGAAUACAGAUAAAUACUACAUAGCAGCAAUUUUUUGUGUAAACUUUUAAUACAUAUAACACAAAUAUGUACUUUUUUUCUACUCUUUUAAAAUUUGUAGACACAAAAAAUUUAAAAAAGUUUUUAAUUGAAAAUAUUGUUUUAUAAAAACAUGUUAAAAGUAUAUAUUUUGUAUUUAGUUUGCAUUUAAUAUUGUUUUUUACAGUGUAAAUUAAUCGCUGAUGGAUAUUCUUUUUGGCCUUCGAUCGGGAAUAUUGGGAUCUAAUGUGACAGAUAACUCGAUCAGAUUUAUGAACCGAAUUUAACAUCACUACUUACAUAUUAUACACUUAAUACAAUCACAACACUGUUCAUUUUAAUUUAAUUUAAACAAUUUUAACUUUUUUUUCACGUUGGUUUGUGUUAUCUAAAACUCUGCAUCAGAGUCAUUACAAAAUAUUUUAAAUUGUAUCCAAUAGCCUUGUUAGUUUUUUGUACUCUUUUUUUCUUCUCUUAACAUGUUUUUGAAUUAAAUCUUUAUAUUAGUUUCACUCGUAAGAUAUUUGUUUAAGUAAUUCCAUAAUUUUUUACCAUCAAAAGAAUUAUUCAUUAACAAAGACCAAAUAAAAAAUGUGAUACUCUGCUUUGUAGUAAAUAUUUGCAACAAAUGUUUACCAUAGCAUUUGGCCUAUGACAGUUGCGUUAAAUUACUGUUUAUAUAUAUAUAAUUUUAAGUAUUCAUUGUAUAUUGUACAGUAUGUGUCAAAACUUAUUUGUUAAUUAGCUGUUUUAUGUUGCCUUUUGUUCGGUGUACUUCAGGAAAUUAACAAUGUGAUUACAUUAUAUUUAUACAAACCUGCAUUUGAUAUACUAAUAGUUAAUAUAUUUUAAAUUGUUUAUAUUUUGUGGUAACACAGUUGUUGUUUUUAAGUACUGUAUAAUAAAUUAUUUGAGUAAAUAUAUAUUAGCUUUCUAUUAAUUUCCUGGAUUGCAAUGACAUAAAAUAUUCUUGUCUAAAGUAAUUGGCCCGACUGUAUGAAAGUCCCUGCAUGGAAAUUUCUUGUCACUCUAAGAAUGGCGGGAAAUUGCCUUGAACGAGAAAGAAAGAACGUGAUGCAAAUCUUGCUUUCUUUGCGUAUUUGUUCAGUUAACAUACUAUACUAAUGGCAAUUUAAAAAAUAUAUAGGAGCUUGGUUUUUUGUGGGUAUGAAUGUUGCCUGUUUGUAAUGAUGUGUAUGGUGAAGAGUGUUCGGGAUGUCUUGCAAUAGUUUAUGAAUUUGUAAAAUCAUUUCUUGUCAAAGUAUAGAAUUUUUUUCUGAU